UGCACCUUUGGCGUUCCAUAAUUCAGCUUGUUACGCAACACUCAAUCCAAAUCAAAAUAACUAGGCCUAAAGCCUAGCCUACAAACAAUGUCAAUGCGAGGAAGAUUGAUUCUCGUCGGACGUGUAAUCUAUUUAUUCUGUGCCACUUUUUAGAUAGUGCAGUAUGACCAGUGCUGAUGGUGAUAUUGAAGGUUCAGCAUUACCUGUUAACCAUACUCCAUCCACGAUUGUAAAUACUGACACAAUGAGCAUACCACAUAUUAAUCACACGGACCCGCAGAUAUCGCCAAACUCUAACCGGAUGUCAAGUUACGAGGAGUUUGGAGGUAUGCCAUGUCCAACGUGCAACGGAACUGGUAAAAUACCACGAGGACAAGAGGGUGAGCUUGUGGCCCUUAUUCCAUACAAAGAUGACCGACUGAAGCCUAGAAGAACAUGGAUGUGGGUUGGACUGUCUAUCUUGUGCUGUGGAGUAAUUGCGGGUAUUUUGUGUUUUAUAUUGAUACCAAGAGAUAUAAAGAUGGGAGAGCCUAUAGCUGAAACAUAUAGAGCAGAUCUUAACAAAACUACAAAGAUUCUUUUAAUUGAACUCAAUCAACAGUUAUAUAUUGACAAUCUGUGAUCCAGAUGCUGUAAUACCUUACCCUCACCUGUUGUACCUAACAUUUGAUGUUAUGUUGCACACCCAUCUAUUGAACCAAGACAAAGAAAAUUCACUAAACACGUAUCCAAUACAUGUGUCGUGCGUUACACCAUCGCAUUUCUAGGUGACGACAGUUCUACUGCCCCCUCCUCCUGAAGAGGAUGCUGAACAUUUCUGUAUUCAGAUCACAGCGAAUAAGAUUUCAUAAAAUUUAAAAGAGAGCCAGUAUGUCUUUAAAGUAAAUACAGCAUUUUUUCUCCUUGACAUGUUAUACUGCCUGUUGCCAGCAAUUCAAUUUGGAAUAGUAUGUUCAUAAUUAGAAAUUUUAGUUAUUAAACUGGGAGUGAAAUGAUUAUUGUUUAA